AUGAACACACUAAUAUCUGUCCUUUACCUUGGUCUCAUAGGCCUCGUUACUGCCCUUCAUGGUUCAUCUUCCACCUCUUGCCUUUCGCUCCGAAACAGCUGUAAUGCGACCACAGUUGAUCUGAGCAACUUUUACAACUACACGUCAUGUUUCCUCCUGACUGCAUGCUCAUCAGGCAUAGAGAACCCUGCUGAAGUCCUCGACGCAUCCAAAGCCCCUGUGACCCAACCCCGGCUGACUGAAUCUGUCUUCUAUGCCAUGUCAAAAGGGAAUUCGUACAUGACGCAACAAAACUACAUUGAUGCGUACUAUAGUCAGAUUUCCAUCACUCCUAACGGCACCUACCCUGACGAUGUCAGUGAUAUUGUCGAUCAAUGGAUGACCAUCGCUGCUUGGACCGGUUUAUGCGCCACUGGAAACAUUCCUUACACAAACCUUGCUGACUGGCUUGAGUAUUCAUCUGUCCCUAGAGUAUGCCCCGCAGUGGAAUCGUGCAACGCUACCAUAGCGGCGUCAUCCAUCCCAUGUGUCUCUCAACCGAUAACAGACAAUGGUUCAUGUGCUGAAAUGGUCGCCCAGUGUCAAUUUUGGGUCACCCAGGGCCUCUUCCAAAAUGAAUACUGUGUUCUCGCGAGUUUCUGCUAUGCGUGGAGCGACACUGAUGUUCUCCUGCAAAAUGAAUACCCGUCCUAUAUCUCCCCAACGCCCAAGACUAGUCAAGAGGCGACGCUUUCCGAAGCAGUAUUCUAUAAUAUGACGGGUGGAGCAGUGUUGAUGACUGAACAGAACGCGGUUGAUGCAUACUAUGCAGGCUUGAGACGGCCCAGAAAACCAACUAACAGUGGGCCUUAUCCUACCGCCGUUGAUUAUGUCGUUGAUUUCUGGGGUGUCAUCAGCGCAUGGACCGGUUUUUGCGAUACACGCGCUAUCCCGUACGCAAACCUAGCAAAUUAUCUCUCCUAUGCCGCCACCAGUGGCUAUCAUCCAACUUGUUAG